GUGUUUGAUUAAGAUUCCUUGCAUGACCCACACCUUUCACCUUACAUAUAUUCCCUCUUCAUAUACAAAUGAAAACCCAGUAGCUGAUCCUUAAUUCGCACAAUCCAACAUUCCCAAUUCCAUACAAGAAACCACCAUCUUAUUCUCUUCUUUGGCCCUCCCAUCUCUCCCUCACCAAAAUGGUUCCUGAGUUGGAGAAAAUGCAGAAGCCUCGAAUCACAGAGAUACAAGUCCGGAUGGACUGUAAUGGAUGCGUACAGAAGAUCAAAAAGGCAUUGUAUGGCAUCAAUGGGAUAUAUGAUCUCUAUAUCGAUUUCCCACAGCAGAAACUAACAAUAGUUGGAUGGGCUGACCCUGAAAAGAUCGUCAAGGCUAUCAAGAAGACGAGAAAGAUAGCCACCAUCUGCUCCCACAUAGAACCAAGUGAUCCCCCUACUCAACCUGCAGCACCAGCACCAGUUGAAGGUGGACAACCAGCCCCUGAUGCCGCAAACCCUCCACCUACUGAAUCCCCACCAGCAGAAGCUGCUCCACCUACAGAACCUCCCAAAGACCCACCACCGCCUGAAAAUCCGGCUCCUGAAGUGACACCAUCACCUGUGGCUGCUGAGGCUGCUGCACCACAGCAAGCUCACCACCACCACAAUGGCCCCAAAGACAUCGAAGAGAUCCACAUAAUACAUCACCAUCCACCUGAGUAUGGCCAUGGGUACAGCUAUGGUGGGCAUUGGAACAACUAUCCUAGUGGACGUGGUUUCCGACCUGAGCCACCUGUUUAUGUCACUCACAGCUACAACAACUAUAAACCAUCUCCUUCCAUCUCUGCACAUGAGUACGUUCGGUCACCACCUCGACACACCCGUUACACUCGUCCGGAGCACUACACUGAAGAUUACCAUAACCGCAGUAACAGUGACGGAAACAUCACCUCGAUGUUUAGCGAUGAGAAUCCAAAUGCUUGUAGAAUAGUCUAGAGAGAGAAAGAGAGGUUUGUACGAAAAAGGCUCUCUUCCUUUUCCCUUCUAAAGAGAGUUCUUGCUAGAAAGUUGAUGGAGGAUAAUUAGAGAAGUUAUUCAUAGUAUAGGUGGUGUUAAUUUCGAAUAGUAACUAAUUAAAUAAGCAUGUAUUAAAGUUGAAAGAAGAAUGAGAUUCUUAGAUUGUAAAUGAAGGGAGAACUGAUCCUGCAUUCCA